GAGCUGUGUUUGCGCCUCUUCCAGCCCGCCAUUCAAACUUUGGGCAUUCCUGAACCACCACCACCACCUCUGAAGAUCGAUCCUGCCACUUUUCCCUCGUCGUAGAGGAACCAUGCAGGCGCCCAAGCGCCCGGCGGAGGAGAGCAAUGAGUUGCAGCUCGUGGCCGCAAAGAAGCAGAAAAUGGACAUCAUAGAAGUGCAAGCGGGGGGCGGGCAAGGUGCUAACACACAGCUCGUAACCAGAGAGGGAAUCAGGCGGACUUCGAGUCUGCAGGCGCCGAUCAUGCAACUAGUUGGACAUGAGUCCGCUGUGUAUACCAUGAAGUUCAGCCCGAACGGCGAAAACAUUGCAUCUGGGUCGCACGACAAGCACGUCUUCUUGUGGCGGGUUCACAACGACUGUGACAACUACCUGGUGUUAAAGGGCCACAAGAAUGCGGUCCUGGAUCUGCAAUGGGCCCUGGACGGGGCCCAAGUCGUGACUGCCAGCUCCGACGAGACUGUCAGGGUCUGGGACGCCGAGACCGGGAAGCAGGUCAAGAAGCUGGUGGAUCACUCCUCGUUCGUGAACAGUAUUUCCGUUGCACGGAGGGGGCCCCCGUUGGUCGUUAGCGGGUCGGACGACGGGACCGCAAAGUUGUGGGAUCAGCGGCAACGGGGCGUCCUGCAAACCUUUCCCGAAAAGUAUCAGGUCUUGGCUGUUUCCUUCUCGGACGCAGCAGACAAAGUAUAUACAGGGGGAAUCGACAACGACAUAAAGGUUUGGGACAUCCGGAAAAACGAGGUUACGAUGACGCUGUCCGGUCACCAAGACACGAUCACGGGAAUGAGUCUAAGUCCGGACGGGGCCUACCUCUUGACGAACUCGAUGGACAACACGCUCCGAGUAUGGGACAUGAGGCCCUACGCUCCAGCCAACCGCUGCAUUAAAGUGCUGACAGGUCAUCAGCAUGGCUACGAGAAGAACUUGCUCAAGUGUGCAUGGUCGCCCGACGGCAACAAGGUCACUGCCGGAAGUGCGGACAGGCUUCUGAAUAUUUGGGACAUUGAGUCAAGUCGGCUGGUCUACAAGCUACCUGGGCACUUAGGGUCUGUCAACGAGGCCGCUUUCCAUCCAAAGGAACCUAUCAUUGGAUCAUGCAGUAGCGACAAGACACUAUUUUUGGGUGAGAUUGACCCUUUGGCAAGAUGAUGCUCGUGAACCUCAAGUCCGAAACUUGUCAUGUACGGCAUAGAGUCAGCAAGAAAAGAACUUUGCCUGUGUUUGACAAGACGCAACAUUAUGCAAACGGUUCUCACAAGUGAGGCGUUUGUUUGCUUUUGCAUGAUCGAAUGGAGAUUCGAUGGUCUCAUUG